AUUAUGGGUAUUACUGUAUUUUUAUUCUUUUACUGUAUUAUUUUAUCGUUUUAUUAUACUAUAAAAAUUAGUAUCGAGUGAUGCUCAUAAAAUAUCGUGUGCGUCGUUUAAGUUUGGCGCCCGUUGAACUUCUAGCCGCCAUAUUAGUUAACCGUUGAUCGGGUCGGAAAAGCUCAGCCGGGUCUGGGAAUUGGGAACCUGGUAGAAGUCCGGGGUCUCGGUUAUUCAGUUGCUAGUCGUUGACGGUAGGGGCACGAAUGGGCGAGGGAUUGUAAGUGGUGGAGCGUGCAUGAAAGAGAUAAGAAUAAAGCAAGGUAUAUCGGGGAAAAAAAAAGGAAGAAAUCUUUUGUAUGCAUGUGUGUCAGAGUGGUAAAAAAGUAGUGGUAGUGAAAAAAACGACGUAAACCGUAACUGGAUAUUUUGGUGAAACCAAUUGGCAGUGUUUGUACGUGUAUGCGAGGAUCUCAUAAAUCGCACAAGUAAUUAUCCUUUCUCUCCGAUUUAUCUUUAUCUCCCUUUCUCUCUCGUCGCUACCUAUCUCCACCUAUCUUUUGAUCGGGUCGUUUUUUAUUCUCAUCUUUCUCUCCCGUUGUACUUCCUUGAGUCGUUCCUCGUGGCGUGCGCGUUCCCGAAAGUAUCGUGGCUAAACCUUCGACGACACUGCGGUCGGGCAACGCGGACGAGUGCGUCUCGGACAGCUAGGACGCCGGGAGCACAGGUGCAGGCGCGGGUGCAUGUAUAUAGUUGUGGGCGACGCGGAGACGUGAGCUGGAACAAAGUACGUGUGCGAAGUUGGCGACACGGUUUCGACAGUGUCGGUAGUUACUGUAACAGAAUGGACGGUAGCACGGGUCCUCCGUCGGAUGUGACGGCAAUGGGAAGUGAAAACGAUGAAGGAUCGAAGGCACAACGAGACAUCGACGAUACUGUCACUUCUGUCUCGUCCAAAUCGGUCACGUCCACGUAUUCUAUGACGCAGUCCGAUCAGCCAACGGAAUAUCACGGUCAAGAUUCGAUAAGACCCGGUUCAACUUCUCCGCACCCUACAACCUCACCGUCUUCGCCUUUGUCGUCAUCGUCGUCGACGUCGGCGUCGUCGUCGUCGUCUUCGUCCUCGUCCUCGUCCUCGUCCUCGUCGUCGUCGUCGUCGUCGUCGUCCUCGUCGGCGUCAGCGUCAGCGUCGGCGUCGUCGUCAUCGUCGUCGUCGUCGCCGUCACCGUCGUCGUCAUCGUCGUCAUCGCCGCCGCCAUCGCCGUUAUCCUCUUCGUUGUCACUGUUGCCGCCACUGCAACCGGGGUGUGGCUGCCUUGCUGCCACUGUCCUCGGAUCCGAUGAAGUUACCAUUAGCAUCACGCCGACCACCGGUGGACAAUUUGACCUUACCGUCGAUCGUACCGACACCAUAGAGAAUCUCAAGAAACUCAUCUCGAAGAGGUUGAAAGUCUCCAAAGAACGCAUUUGUUUAUUACAUCGUGAAAGGCAGUUACGCGAAGGAACGCUGGAGGAAAAUCGUUUACAAGAUGGCAGUCGACUUACGUUACUACCGAGUGUUGAAACCGGCCUUUUGGCACAACGACCGGAACAGAGUGUGAUGCAAGCACUGGAGAGCCUAAACGAUUCUCAGGUGAACGAUUUUUUAUCCGGCAAGGCUCCAUUAAACCUCACUAUGCGCCUUGGAGAUCACAUGAUGCUGAUACAAUUACAACUAUCUACGGUACCUUCGCCGACCACUAAUCAAGCGACCAACAAUACGACUGGAUUGACCAUCGGUGGAAAUAGCUCGAAUGGAUCUAAUUUGCCUACCAACCACGUUUCAACCUCUCUUCAGAGCAGACGAUCUACCGUUCUGGCUGCUCGAUCGACGAGUACCUCCUCGACGAAAUUACAGAAUGGCAGUGCAGCUGCACGAACCUCGUCUUUGAUAAGCAGCUUGGCAUCGGCGUUGCACGCAGCCUCUAGUUGCAGUACUAGUUUGUCGACGGCCACUACGACGACCAGUCCUGUUUGUUCCAGUCGUGCAACUACCGCCCCCUCUGUGUCCCCCACGCCAUCUUAUUCCUCGAUCAGUCCGCCGUAUUCAUCUUUCUGCGCUAAUCAGUCGUCACAAUCCACGCGUACCAGCUGCAACCAUGGUUCUGUCUCGCCCAACAGCAAUUCCAGCGCGUGUCAGUCUUGCCUUCUGUAUCACCACCAUCAUCACCAUCAUCAUAGUCACCAUUAUCAUCAUCACCAUCACCAUCAUCAUCAUCAUUCGAGAAACAAAUCUACCGCCUCAUCCAACACCUCCCAGUCAACCUCUUCCAUCGACCAUUUGCAACAAUCUACCUCUAUCGGCGAUGGCUGCAUGGACUCGAUACCCUAUAACAUCACCCCGCCAAGGAAAAAGCUCAACACGGGUCAUCACCAUAGCCAACAGUCGAUGAGCGGUACGAACUCUUUAAGGAGUACUGCCGUGGACGGAGAUCCUAGUAUACAGAGCCCUACCUCCUCCUUGGUGGAGCAAAACUCGAAAGCUGCGACCCUCGACACCAGGGCACUGGUCGAAGCUUCCCGUAAUUUGACGCAGAAACUGAAGCAGCUCUCCUCUGAGGUACUCACCUCGCGGGUCGACCUCGCAGAGGAAAAUGCAAGACGUAGACAAGGUGCAAUAAUAGAGAGUAUGCAUCACCAUGGAAAAGGUGUGUACUCCGGUACAUUUAGCGGAACUCUGAAUCCGGCUCUUCAGGAUAGACAUGGACGUCCAAAGCGAGACAUAAGUACUAUUAUUCACAUUCUGAACGAUUUGCUGUGUGCCACGCCGGCAGCUACGACAGGUCAUUACAGGCAUCAUCAUAGGCAUUCUAGCGGUCGUCAACAAUCUCUAACGUCUGCAUCCUCCGGUGGAACGACGACCGUAAAUGGUACAUCAACGUCCAUUGGUUGUCACGAUUCCCCUACACCUGGAUAUUCUACCGAACUCUCGAAAGAAAACGAAGCAACUAAAGGAAAGAUGAGACGGCUGCGUUUAGUGAUGGAACAACGACGCGCCAAGAGAAGAGCCAGAAGACAAGCAAGAGCAGCACCCUAUACCACGCAAUGGGCCGCGGUUACGCCAGAUCCUGAUCCAAAUCAUGAUCCAAAUACGUCUACUACCGCUACCACGAAUUCGACGGAACCACAAAAUGAACCAGAACUACAGCCAUGUAGUCCCGAACCGGUUGUAGCUUAAACGCGGUAUUCGUUAAUCGAUAAUCCUAAGUAGUAUCGCCUUGUAUGAUACAUGCAACCAGUUUUUAACUAGCGCACUGAUUUAUUCAAAGAUAACGGUAAACAUGAUCGCUUUUACGCGUAUAUACCUUUUCACUAUGAAAUUUUCUUUUAUACAAAUCUCGUUUUCACACUUUGUUAUACCCGACGCGUAUACGCGAGUGAAACGUGUUGCGUUUUCAAAUUACAUUGAUACAUAUGAAUCGUACAAUCGGAAAUAUCGACUGGUAUUUAUCGCGCGAUGUAUGUUUCAUUGACAGAGAGACUAUUAAAAAAACAACAUAAUGCUACGAUUGUGCGCCACAACAUUCUAUACGCAUAAUUUACAGUAUUGUCAUAUGAUGUGUAACUCCAAUCCAAAUGUAAUUUUGAAUUGGACAUCGCGUAGUUCGACGAACGGCACUUGAUCGAAAGCAAGGGAUAACAAACAUUUUAGCAAUAUCAUAACGCGCGCGCGCGUCAUCCGUAGUCACAGUAAUAGAAAUUAAUAAAUAGGAAGGAAAGUUUCAUGGGAAAUGUGCGCGGCACGCUGGAAAUUCGCAUGCUAUUUAAUAGAGGAAAUCGUAACAUGAAACUAUUUAAAUUACAUUGACAGUGUUUGGCUAUUACUCAGGACUUGAUCAUAGCUGACAAUAAUUCGACGAAUGAAUCAGUGUGACCAGUAUGUACGCCUAUAUAAUAGAUCGAUUACGUACAAGGGAGACGCGAUGAACAAACAGAAGAAGCCCAUGAAAAGAACAAUGGUACGUUAAAUAAAGACGUCGAUAGACUUAUUUCGGACUAGAACAAAUGAAAUCGUCAUUUUUAUCGUUGGAUAUCAAGUUUGUCGGUAUUGGCGCAUACUCAAAUGAAUAGCAAACACGAGUAGAAUUUUAAACACUCACGAGUCGCAAAUUACGGGAAAGACUGUUAUAAAAGCAAUGUUAUGCUGUUUAUGCGCGAUAACCAUAACAAGACAUUGCAGACCUGUUACGAGAAAAUGAAAAAAUUCGUUUUCCGAGUAAGAGCUAUAUUUCUUUGCCGUCGACUGAUCAAUCUAUAUCACAUUAAUUGAAUGUACAACGGUUCAAACUCGCGGUAUAUCAACGCUCUAGCGUACCGUAACCUAGACAUAUUUUUUUCUAUAAUGCUUUAGUUUAUCGAUGAAAAAGGAAUACAUCUUAAUAGAUUAACAUCGAUUCCUUGUACUUCCUCUAGUAAUGUAGUUCAGUAUUGUGAUAUCGAUCUAUCAGUCGCGUAUUAAUAGUUUCAUAUCAGUUUUGGUAUACGUGUACAAAUUGAAAUUGAUUGGGAUUUACGAAAUCGUAAGCUUGGUUGCUCUAAGGAUCACCAUGCGUUGUCACAAUGACAAGAAACCAGAACUCGAAGCACGUGGAUAAAUGGUCCUAUAGUUAGAACUAUUAGAUAAUCCUAUCGCAUGGCUUCUAUGCCAAAAUUCAUUUAAGUUUAUUAGGUACUAAAUAAUAUAAUAUUGUCUAAUAGUAUAUUGCGCUAGGUUACUUAGGAGAAAAAUUAUUAUUAUUAUUAUUAUUAUUAUUAUUAUUAUUAUUAUUAUUAUUAUUAUUAUUAUUAUUAUUAUUAUUAUUAUUAUUAUUAAUUACGAUUAUUAUAAUAUUAUCAUUACUACGGCUACAGUUUUGCAAACUGGCUCAAUACUGUAACAUAUGAUUAUCGAAUUUUCUCGAGUACCAAAAUAAAUAAGAUUGCUUGCUAAGCUAAGGAAAACAGAAGUCCAUCUUUAGUAUUGUUUAAACGUGGCAUUGUCUGUUGAGUAUUUGUUAUUAUUGUUAUUACUGUUUAUCACCUGUAAAAUUCGCAGAUAUUGUUUCGUUCUACUUUAUCGAUCAUUAUUUUAGUAUAAAAGUGACGAAUUUCAAAUGUUUUGUUUUAGAUUAUAAGAAUAUAUGAUUUAAGGAAUUUAAAAAAAAGUACGAAAUUUGAUUAAAAAAUUAUUAAUUUAGAAAUUGUUUAUUUAAAUUAUGUCUUGAAUCACGUAAAGUUGUAGAAAUUUAUCGAAGCCUGAAAGUUAUGGUUUUAUGGUUUCUGUUAUUAACAAAUUGUUGUAGGUACACACUACACUGACUCCGUGACAAUACAAACAUUAUUAUGAAGAAAACGAAUAUCGUUAUUUUCAUUACGACAAAUUAUUACAGAUGCUCCGCUCUUCAACAGACAUAUAAUUCACUUGAAUCGAAUGAAAAAUUUUCUUUUUCAAAUGCAACGAUUAAAAACUGAAA